AUGAACAGAAAUGUUCAUGUAAAUUUAAUCAUUCAGAUUAUCGCAAUAUUAAGAAUUUGUACCAUAGAAUGCGGAUUUAUAAACCCGAAAUUUGAACAAAAAGCGUUCGUUACACAUUUCGGAAGUAAAUUCAAGAACAGUGAAAUUGGAUCGACAGUUAUCGCAAACCUGCCCUUUGACCCGGGAGGAGUGCAAACAACGGAAGAGCACGUGGAAGAUUUGAAAAAAGUGUUUCUGUUCAACGUGGCCCAUAAGUUGAAGGACGGAAGAAAACUUUUGGACUCAUACACAGUUCCACUGAGUAAACAGAAGCUGGCAGUAGAACACUUUAACAGAUAUUUCGCAGAAGGAUACGAACCGAAGGCCAAAAGAUUGGAGGAAAUAAUAAGUAACUUUGAGUCAACCAAGAGUGAAAUAAGUGAAACGGUGAGAAGCAUACAAGAUGUGUUUCUGUCGGAGAUUUUGGGAAAAUAUGAAUAUAAAGAGGACAUUACAGACCAGGAAGCGCUCUCGAGGCAAGUGGACUUGAUGUAUGCCGCGGACCUGAUGGCCUCAUACAUACUGCUGUUUACGAGGAAGAUGGUCAGAAGGGUCCUAUACAAGUUCAUAUGGACCAAAUUCGCAUUUUUAGACGCAAAUAAGGAGUACCUGUGCUGCAACUGGAUAGUAAACGGAGGAGUACACGACACGAACCUGCACAAAAAAUUUACCCUGGAGGAGCUGACAAACGAGGACCUGAUAAACAUAAUAAGACUCCACAAAAACUACCUGACCUUCGUAAAGGUUAAGUCGAGAAGAGUGCUGAGCAUGCUGGAUAGAAGCGCACUGCUGUCGAUAUUUCAGACAAUACUGAUGAGGUCAAUAUGGGCACACUACGUGCACGAGCCGUCAAGUCUAUCAAUAGAGAAGCCGAAGAGAGAUGAGGAAGAGGAAAAAAGGCCGGAAGAAUACGUGAGCCUGAUUGAAGCGGAACCUGAGGAGGAAGAAGAGAAAGGAGAACAGGGGUACCUGGACAACAUAUACGAGUGGAUGAUAAGAUAUAGAAAUAAAUUAAACAGUAGCAGAAACGUGAAAGGAAUCAACUACCUAAACAGCGAGGAGUUUGAUCGCCUGAAGGAAUCACUGAGCUCAAUGGAGAAGCUGCUGGUGGAAACGGCGCCGAAACCGGAAUAUAAAUCGACAAAAGCAGGAAGAACAAGAGUAAAGACGGACGAAGAUAGCAAGAGGAAGGAGCUGAGGCAGAGCCUAAAGGCACUAAUAGAGUACUACAAGGACCACUUGAGGACAGUAAGCGGAAUAUACGGAAAAAUAGAGGAAAGGCCGAGAGUGGAAUUCCUGAAUAACCUAGUGCGCUACGAAAAAAAUGUCCUUCUGAACAUGGUGGUGGUGUACCUGUCAGCAAUACCGGAGCUUAAGCAGAUAAGAAGCAAGCAAACGUACCUACACUACAUGACACUCAGCAGAAUAACGCUGGUGAAGCUGCUGUAUGUUGCACUUAUGAGGACGAACGCAGCAUUUGUGCCACUGAUAAACCACUUCUACAAAUACGACUUCAGCUUCCUAAGCGAGGAGGAGACGAGGAACCUGGAAGAGAAGAUGAUGAGGGAAAGAAAAGAAAUAAUAGAAAAAAACAACUUCACGCUCGACACACAAGACAUAUUGAUAUUUGACUUGGACGAAUUGGAAGGGCUGAUAGAUAUAAAUGCAAAAGUAAAUAGGAAUAUGCAGAGAAAAUGGACGAGAAUAAAUAGAGAGUCUAAGCAAGUGAUGACACUGGGAACGAGAAGAACAGAAGAAGUUAUUAGAUCUAUUUUGAAGCAUCCACCGCAUUAUAAGAUAGUACUGCAGUUGUUGAAUGAAAAUCAAUAUGAUAAUGAAGUAAUAAAGGAAAAUAUAGAAUACCUUAAUGCAAACAGUAGUACAGAUGAAAGAGAAGAAAGUGGAGGAUCAGAAGGAGGCGUGGAAGAAAGAGCGGAAGAGAAUGUUCAUAGAAUGAUAAGAAAUAAGAAAAUGGAAGUAAUAGUGAGUUUGAUGAAAGAAGAUGAAUUGAACAAAAUGUACUACCAGUUCCUGCAAUACGUGUACCCAUUUAACACAAUGAACCCAUCAGAAAAAUAUAAGGAGUAUUUGGAAGAUCAGGAACUGGGAGAUGAAGAAGUGCAAAUAGAAAACGAUAACAUAAUAUUCAGUACCCUGAAAGGAGAAGUGAAUGAAGAAAACAUAAAUGAAAUGAUAUACAAGUGCGCAAAAGCAGAAGCAAGUAGAAAGUACGCAACACAAAGAGAAAGUAUAAUAUCAUAUCUAUCGAAAACAGUGGAAGAGAAUGGAAAGUGUGAAACAGAAGAUGAAGAAAAAAUGGAAUCGGACAAGGAAGUUGAAAAAGUAAUGAAAUUGUCAGAAAAAACGGAUAUAGAGUUGAUAGAGGAGGCGAAGAAGCACGUAAAGAUGCUAGAAGAGGAUCCGAGAACACUUAGAAUAAAAAUGGAAAACUGCAGGUCAUUAGGAGGAAGAGCAAACGUGUUUACAAUACUGCCGUCCGGAAAAAAGGAAAACUACAGAAAUAUGACACUGCGAAGCAUGGAAGAAGACGAUAAAGGGUUUGAAAUCAAUAACGUGGUGAUUAGGAGGAAAAGAGAAGAGCCAAGAAGAUAUAGCAAUCACAUAUUUGAUGAAGGACCUAGAGAAAAAAUAGAAAAAAUGGAAUUCGGAGAAGAUUUAGUGGAAAAGUGGACUAAGCUGGGCCUGAACGAGAACGUGGCGAACGCAGCAGUGUCAUACAUUGCACACCUGUACAACGAACGGCCAAUCAGUGCCAUGGAUGACGACUACAUUAACAGCAUCAGUGGUGUGGGUGACUAUAAUAACGGUGGCCUGGAUGACAUGAGUAAAAGUAGUGGCCUUGAGAGAAUAUCUGUGGAAAAAAGACAAGUGGUUCAGCCACCAGUGAGGCCAAGCCUAAUACAGAUGCUAAGUAUACCGGAGAUGCUGAAAAAGGAAAGGAAAAACAUGGUGAUAUGCGGAGGAGUGGGAAGUGGAAAGACGCUGGCGUACAUGCUGCCAAUACUGCAGAAGCUGAAGGAGCACGAAAGGUGGAAGCUGAGAGAGCCGUCGUCACCAAGGUGUAUAAUACUGGCGCCAACGUCGGAGCUGUGCGACCAGAUAGGUAAAGUGGUGAAGGAGCUGUCACACAUGGUGAAGAUCUCGUCGGAAACAAUCUCGAAGGACUGCACAGCGAAGGUGAUAAAGAGUAAGCUUAAGGGGCUGGUGGACGUAGUAGUGGCAAUGCCGUCAAAACUGCAUAAGUAUAGAAAGUAUAUGAAGCUGAAUCAGCUGAGGUACGUGGUGAUAGAGGAGGCAGACUGUAUGCUUAACGAAGGGUUCUUUCCACAAGUGUACUCAAUACUGCAGCAAACACCGAACUAUAGUCGACUAGGAAGAAGGAGCGCAGAAGGAGGGAAGCAGCAAGUUCAGAUAGUGCAGGUGGCGUCGAAUAUAAGUUAUCUGAAGUUCUUCGAGUCAAUACAAUCGUCGUUCAAGAAAGUGGAGUUGUAUAAACACAUACUGGAUUACUACUUUUCGCCACUCAAUAAGAAGAAAAAUGAGACAUUUGUGUACAAUGAGAAAAUAAUAGAAGAUAUAGUGGGAAGUUACAAGGUAGUAGAUGAGAUAGGAAUAACGAGACCAAGAAAGGGGAUCAGGCACAUAACACUGAUAAACCUGCUCAACGAAAGGGGCCAAGAGAGUGAGGAUAGGAAGAUAGUGAUAUUCUGCAGAAAGGUAAAGGCAGCGAUAGCAAUAGACCACUACUUGAACGAGUCGGGAUACGAGCCAAUAACAAUACACGGAGAGAUGCCGUUUAAAAUGAGGAGGAGGAACUUUAGAGAGUUUAAGAAGAGGAGAACGUCGAUUCUGGUAACGACGGAGCUGAUGAGCAGAGGACUUAACCUGGACGCAGACGUAGUGGUACUGUUCGACUUUCCACUCAACGCAAACGACUACAUAAGGAAGUCGUCACUGUUGAUACACACGCCGUUUUUAACACACAGUCCACCGCUAAAUACUACGCCGUUACUAAAAGGCGCUCAGAAUCAGGUAUUAGAAACGGGUUCAUCAGGCUUAAUGGAGCACGGAAAGGCGAGAGAGAGGCAAAAGAUAUGCAUAGGAUUGAUAGAUAAGAAGGACGAAGUGCUGAGCGAAGCAAUAAGAAGAAGUUUGAUGGUGGACUACUUUCCACUCAAUAAACUGAGCAGCAGAAGGAAGGACUACAAUCACCUGACGGGAACGCUGAAGUACCUGACGCAGGCAGGAUGCUACUAUAAGUUCAUGAAGCACCUGAGAGAGCUGAAGGUGGAAGGAACGUUCGACGCGGAGCAAAUGCACAAGUACCUGGACAGGUACAGAGAACUCGUGAAGGAGCAGUUUGUAAACAGCUUCAAAAAGGUUAAGCUGAGAAGAGUAAGAAUAUGUAAAAGGAGAAGAGAGCUGAUGCGAAAGCUGAAGAUGCUGAAGAAGUGGAACAAGGCAAUAAGGCUGAAGCAGAGAAUCAUAUCGGACCUGGACAGGAAAAAGAGAGAAAAGGACUACAUAUACGUGGGCCUCACGAAGGACCAGAGAAGCUGCCCGCCGAUGAAGGACCUGAAGAAGGUGCGCUACGAACUGCUGAAGCUGAAGCUGCUGAAGGGCUCAAACAACGAAAAGAUACUCAAGAGGUCGCAGAACCAAAUAUGCAAGUUCAUAAACAGGCUGCAGACGAAGCUGGUGGAGAGAUUGCACCUGCGCUCGAAGCUGCAGGACCAGCCGCAGCAGGUGAGCAUAUUCGAGCAGGUGAAGGACAAGCUGGAGCUGAUAAGGAGCGAGGACAGAAACAAGAACGUGCGAAGAAUAUGCUCACUGGUGUAA